UUUUUACUUUUGUCUAUACAAGUAAUGUAGUGCAAGACAUCUUUUCAUGCUAUAUUUUUAUAUAAGGCUUUACAUUAUUUCAUGUUCUUCCCAUGCUAGCUUAAUCAUAUACUUAGUAUCUAUGCACAAAAGGCUUCAUCAUCAUUGCAAUCAUUCAUGUAGGAGCUAAAAACUGAAAUUUUGUUGAAUUGCUUCCAAACUAAUAUUUAUUAUCAAACCAAAGUACCAGAAGGAGGCCAUGUGGAGGUUUGGAGGGAAAGGUGAAUCCGGAUUCUGUGCUGGUAACACUGCAGAGCAAGUUACAGACGGAAUUGAUGGAAGUGCUCAAACAGCCAUCAUCACAGGAGCCACAAACGGUAUUGGAAAAGAGACUGCACGAGUGCUUGCCUUGCGUCAUGUUCAUGUAGUCAUGGGAGUCAGAAAUGUUAAUGCUGGUAAAAUACUAAAAGACAACUUGCUCCAGGAGAUCCCGUAUGCUAGAAUUGAUGUCAUGGAAAUCGAUCUCAAUUCACUAGACUCUGUCAGGGAAUUUGCUUCACAAUACAUUUCCAGCAAUCUACCUCUCAACAUUCUAAUUAAUAAUGCAGGAAUUUUGGCUCCUCCCAAGUUCACAUUAUCAAAAGACAACAUUGAACAAACAUUUGCAGUCAAUCAUUUAGGUCAGUUCCUCUUGACGAAUCUUUUGUUGGAGACGAUGAAUAAGACUGCACAAAAGACCCGGACAGAAGGAAGGAUUAUUAACGUAUCAUCAGACAUGCACAGAUAUAGUGUUCACAAAGAGGGAAUACGCUUUGAAACGAUCAAUGAUGAGAAAAGUUACAACAGCUCUGCUAUGGGAAAGUCAGCAUAUGGACUAUCCAAGCUUUGUAACAUUCUGCACACUAAUGAGCUUGCAAGGCGCUUGAAGGAAGAGGGAGUUGAUAUAACAGCAAACUCGCUUCAUCCAGGACUUAUAGCCACAAAUAUCUUUGCACCUAAUAGCGGACCUGGUUACUGGUUAGUGAAAACAAUUGCGAAAUACACGUCCAAAAACAUUGAACAGGGAGCGUCAACUACAUGUUAUGUGGCACUGCACCCGAAAGUUAAAGGGAUUUCAGGAGAAUAUUUUGUGGACAACAAUAAAGUGGAAGCGAGCACGUUGGCAAGAGAUUCUGACUUGGCCAAGAAACUCUGGGACUACAGUCUGAGUUUCACAGAAGCAAAGCACUAGUUCUGGAUGCGCAUCUUUUAAGUCUGUGUUGCUUGAAGUUGUAUGGUUUGAAUGUGAUUUCAAAUAAAAACAAGCCUGUUCUUUAAAGGAGAUUUUUAUAAACUUUCCAUAUUA